UUGAAAUUUUUGUUUAAUUUGGAUAAAGAUAAUAAACAUUUCAACUAUAAGCAAUCCCCCUUUGUAGUCACAUUUCAUCAUCAUCACUACUUUUUCUUUGCAAUCUUUGAGUUUUCUUCUUUACUCUUAUCAAAAUAAAGAUAAAGGUUUUGAAAUCUAACCAAAAGUGAAGAUGAAACUCAUAGUUAUACAAUUCUUCAUAAUCUCUCUUCUCUUAACGUCUUCAUUUUUCAAAAUUUCAAGCGCUGAUUCGUUAUGCGAUGGAAAGUGCAAGGUGAGAUGCUCAAAAAAUGACAGAGAACCUGACAAGUGCUUCAAGCUUUGCAAUAUAUGUUGCCAUAAGUGUAACAACUGUGUUCCAUCAGGCACUUAUGGAAACAAAGAUGAAUGUCCUUGCUACCGUGAUAUGAAAAACUCCAAAGGUGGAUCCAAGUGUCCUUGAACAUGCUUUGAAAACCCUCAUCGCAUGCCUAAUAUCUACAUAUUAUGAAAAAUUCAAUCUCAUCUAUUUUUAAUAUAUGAAAUAUAAAAUCUGUGAGCUUAAAAUGCCUCACGUAUGAAAUCUUUUGUUAUGUUCAAUCUAAUUCCUAAACAUAUCAAGAAUAAAUCAUG